AUGACAACCACCCUCACUCCAGCUAGCCCGGCCGGCAACCGCUGCCGCCAACCUUCGUCCUGGGCCAGGACCACCGCCCGGAGCCCCCGACGACCCCUGACAACCGCCGCCAGCUACCGCAAGCUGACGCCCCCCCCCCGCCCCCAAAUAAUAAAAAUACCCAGCCAGGGGGCAAAGCCCCGACGCCAGGCGCCGGGAGGCGGCGGGGACGGCAGGGACCGCGGCGGCGGCGGGCAGCGGCGCGGAGGCGUGGCCAAGAGCAAGAGCCGCCGCAGGAAGGGCGCCAGCGCGGUGUCGGUGGAGCCGCACCGGCACGAGGGCGUCUUCAUCUACCGCGGGGCGGAGGACGCGCUGGUCACGCUGAACAUGGUGCCCGGCCACUCGGUGUACGGCGAGCGGCGGGUCACGGUGACCGAGGGCGGCGUGAAGCAGGAGUACCGCACGUGGAACCCCUUCCGCUCCAAGCUGGCCGCGGCCAUCCUGGGCGGGGUCGACCAGAUCCACAUCAAGCCCAAGUCCAAAGUGCUGUACCUGGGCGCCGCCUCGGGGACCACUGUCUCCCACGUCUCCGACAUCAUCGGCCCCGACGGCCUGGUCUACGCGGUCGAGUUCUCCCACCGCGCCGGCCGCGAUCUGGUCAACGUGGCCAAGAAGCGAACGAACAUCAUCCCGGUCCUCGAAGAUGCCCGGCACCCGCUCAAGUACCGCAUGCUCAUUGGGAUGGUGGACGUGAUCUUCGCGGACGUGGCCCAGCCGGACCAGUCGCGCAUCGUGGCUCUGAACGCCCACACCUUCCUGCGCAACGGAGGCCACUUCCUCAUCUCCAUCAAGGCCAACUGCAUCGACUCGACUGCCUCUGCCGAGGCGGUGUUUGCUUCUGAGGUGAGGAAGUUGCAGCAGGAGAACUUAAAGCCCCAAGAGCAGCUGACCCUGGAGCCUUAUGAGAGGGACCACGCUGUGGUCGUCGGGGUCUACCGGCCGCUUCCCAAGAGCGCCAGCAAGUAGCACUCGGCUCGGGCUGUCCCUGAGAUCUCCCCAAGACUGUGUUGUGUUCAGUGUUACUAUGUUUGUGUUUUCUUUGUGUGUUGUUUUCCUUUGUUUCUUUUUUUUCUAUUAAAUGGCAUAA